UUGACUGGUUCUGUAUAUACACACAGUGGCCAGUUGCCUCCAGAACAGCCUAAAUUCUGUGGGUAAUGGAUUCUACAAGGUGUGGCGUUCAAAUUAUGCUCAGUUGGUAUCAAGGGACCUAACGUGUGCCAGGAAAACAUUCCCCACACCAUUACACCACCGCCACCAGCCUGUUCUGUUGACACCAGGCAGGAUGGGGCCAUGGACUCAUGUUGCUUACGCCAAAUCCUGACUCUGCCAUCAGCAUGUUUUUCCACUCCUUAAUUGUCCAGUGAAGGUGAUCGCGUGCCCACUGGAGACACUUCUUCUUGUUUUUAGCUUAUAGGAGUAAAACCUGGUGUGGUCGUCAGCUGCAGGAGCCCAUCUGUGACAAGGAAUAAGGAGUUGUGUACUGUGUCGUUAUUUGCCCCAAUGCCUGUAUGCCUGCUUUAUAUAGCAAGCUACAGCCAUGAAACUCACUGUCUGUAGGAGUGAACUAUUUUCGUGAACGGGGUGGUGUACCUAAUAAACGGGCCACUGAGUGUAUAUUAAAGUGUAUAUCUACAGCCUUUUAUAUGUUGAAUAUAAGUAUGUAAUUAUCUUCUUUUCUCUUGUCUCUCCCUGUUGUGUUGUGCAGCUGAACAGGUAAGGGUGUUGUUAUGCCAGGAUUUAUUCUGAUCAGCACCACAUCUGCUUUAAUAUCUAAUUGAGCCCACAUCUGUAGCCUUGACAUGCGAUCUCCAUGAAAGCGAUAACGUUGCCUUUUAAAAAGCUGUGUUGUCUACAAGUGUGGUCAGGCUGAAUCCCGGCCUUAUUUUCAUACCGACUCUUCCCUCUGCUCAAGUCAUAUCUAUCUACCUCAAAGGCAUUUUGAUUACACAAACGGCGUGUGUGUGUGUGUGUGUGUGUGUGUGUGUGUGUGUGUGUGUGUGUGUGUGUGUGUGUGUCUAGAAAGGAGAGGCACCGCGGGAAAGGAUGGACAGAGGAAAGUCACUGCCAAGUAUGCUGGAGCAGAAGAUCUACCCAUAUGAAAUGCUCAUAGUCACACAUAGAGGGCGCUGCAAUCUGCCGCCAGGCGUGGACCGUACCAGACUGGAGAGACACCUGUCUCCUGAGGACUUUGAGCGUCUGUUCGGAAUGCCCAUCGCCGAGUUCGACCGUCUGUCACUAUGGAAACGAAAUCAUUUGAAAAAGAAUGUUCAACUUUUCUAGCAGAAAGUGACCUUAUCCUUCACAGAAAACAUGAACCGCUCCACUGCCUAACGAAGAAUACCCCACAACACCAAACUAUCACACCCUAAAUAACCAUAAAAAUGUCACAUCCUAACUAGUCCUAUAUCACUGUAGCCAUAUUCUACCUGUAUGUUCUCGUCGUAUCCUCUCGGGCUCUAUUCAAUCAGAUCUGCUUUUGACAACAUCUGCAUAGCGGUUGUUUUGGAGGUGUCAGAGGUAGAAGAACUGCACGAGAGCUGUCAAAUCCACAAGCGCCUCCUGGCAUUCUACCUAAAGCGGACUUUGCCAUUGGUUGCACAGAGUUGCAUUAAGAGAAAUACCAUGUAGCCUUGUUUACAAGUUGGAACACUGGAAUGUGAGAUGUAAUCUACACCUCCAUUAGGAUGAUAGAAACCAUCAUCAUUUAGUUUAGUGAUUUUCAAUUUGAGCAUCAUUUUUUCUAUAUGGCCUACAUUCUGACAGGUGCGGCUGCGUGACAUUGAUCAAGAGCAGCUGAUCACGUUUUGACAGCUCCAACUUAGUUACACCUCCAAAACAUCAGCUAUGCGAGUGUCUGCUGUCACCGGAUAAUGCUGGAUCUGAUUGAAUCUGGGUCCUAGUCUCACUGGCUUUGAUAUAGAGCAUCAGUACAGAGACAAGCCUGACCCAAGUCUUACCCCUAAUCCUAACCGACCUGAUCAUAAGCAUUGAGAAUCUCCUAGUAUCUACUGCCUCCCCACCACAUACACACACAGAUGUACACACACUAUCUAGCCACACAAUAAUUAUCACUGCUUUUAAUACACUUAGAAAUGUAAAAUAUUAUAAUUUUGAUAGUAAAUCUACAGUGCAUUCGGUAAGUAUUCAGACCUUCUCUUUUUUCCACAUUGUUACGUUACAGCCUUAUUCUUAAAUGGAUUUUUUUUUUAAACAUAUGUUUACAUACAGUGGGGAGAACAAGGAUUUGAU